UUUGUAUAUAUCUGUUUAAUUACUUUUCGAACGAAAUAUAAUGGCUCUAAAUGUAUAUGAUUAUAAAAGUCAUAUAGCACAAUGCAAUCAGAUCGGUAAAUUAGAUUAUUAUAUUGUGAAAAUACGAAGAUCAUUUUUGAAAGAAACUAAAAUUUCUAGUUGCGAAAGCCAGGAAGUGAUUUGUGAUACAUCGGACCAAUCAAUUGUAGAAUCAGAGAACCUGCAGAGCAGUGAAGAGAAUGUCUGUAUUUGUCCAACAGAUUCAGUAUGCACUUGUGCAUUAAGUGAAUCAGAUUCAUUAUGGACUUGUGCAUUAAGUUUGUCAGAUUCAGUAUGCAGUUGUGCAAUAAGUAAUUUAGAUUCAUUCGAUGAAGAACCACAGGAAUGCCACGAAGAAAAUGAUGCUUUUGUUUGUGAAAAUUAUUCACCAUAUCGCGAUGAAAUAGACGAAUCUACUUCAUCUAUCACCGAUCAAAAUUCCAAAAAGUCUCUCUCCGUCUGUAUCGACGAACGCUUUUCACCAUGCCACAAGAUCCAAGAAUCGGAAUCUUUAGUCGACAAGCUGCUUAAUCAGCUUCCUAAGACAGAAUAUAGAGAAGAAUCUCGCGAAUACUGGGAAAUGAUGUUGCAUUGCGAGAGGGCAGCGUUCCGAAGGGCAGCGUCAAAUUUGCCUUUGCCCUCGAGGGAGGCUCGUUUCUACUGGCACUUGUACUCAACCGCGACGAAACAACCACCUCUCUAUCAAAAGGAAUUAAAUCGUGCCUUUCAUGUUACCUUAAGCAAACUUAUACGUAGUGAAAAAGAUAAAAAAGGUAUCAGUAUCUGGGAACAACUAGUACGUCUAAAGACCUUUGAUCAAGUUGGUCGAAAAAAUCUAAUAAAUAAUCUUGUACGAUUCCUUUGCAUACAGACUGAACUGGAAUAUAUUUGUCUGGAAGGUUUGUCAUUAACGCCAGACGAAAGCGUUCGACUCGUAUCGGCGUUGUACAAUUCUCGUAAAACAAUGAGAUACGUGUAUUGUUGGCGCGCAUUCGAGAAAAUGGUAAACACUGGCCAUCGAGUCGAAUCAAAAUCUUAUGAGGAUAAAAGUAUCGAGAGAUACGACUGGUUUCGUGCGAUCGGUGCUUUGAAAUUUCUCACGACAUUGUCCGUAAACUAUGCAUACAUAGCAACACCCACGGGGGAUCUACUUAUCUAUCUAGCCAAAAAACUCGGUCCCAAUUGGCACUGGCUCCAAUUGUUGUGUUUGGAAGAAGACAUUGUCCGAAGGAGUAAUGGAGGCACGAUGAUCACAAACGGCGUCAUACCAGAAGUUGCUUGGCAGGAGGCUCAUUUUUUGGCACCGGCACUAAAAAUACAAUAUGCUAUUAUUGGAAUACCGAAUUACGAUAUUCACAAAUGGUUCUUUGCAAAAAGCACUCGAAUACAUACCUUUACACUAUCGUCGAGCGUUGAUCUGAGAUUUCGACAACCCUGGUAUCUGAAUUGCACAUUUAAGACACUUUAUUCGUGGUACUCGAACACUUUAGUAUACUUGUGUCUGCAAUUAUGGCAUAAUCGUGAGGAUUUGGAUCAUCAAUUAAACAAACUGUUCAUCAAUUUACCAUCGCUUCGAGUUUUUGAGUUUAUCGGUGAAAUUCGAAAACUGAAAACACUUUGCACCAUGUGUUUACAGAUACGAUCGUGCAAUUGCAAGGUUCAUUCUGUUGAUAUGCAGCUUCAGGACAUUUUACAUGGAGAUGUAGAUAAAGAAAAAUGGAUAAGGAGUGUAAAAUGUUUGAUGGUUUGUUUCAAACAUGAUUUUGAAAAGAUGAAUGUUAAAUUUAAUAUAGAUUUUUACUGCUGGUAAUCAAAACUCUUGUAUUGUGAAGCAACUGUAAACGUG